GAUAAAUCACAACCUCUCCCUGAUCAGUUCCGGCUUUGCACCAGUCAUUCCCACGUGCACAGAAUAUCGAGAUUUUGGAUCCGUUCCCAUUGGGGCUCAAGCCUUUGGCCUGCCUCGUUCCUUCCUCCUGCUCCCCGCCGCCGAUCUCCCCGCCAUGGCGGCCACGGUCACUGGCAUGGUCAGCUUGCCCGUCCUCCAUGAGGCCCUCACCAGCUGCAUGUCGCUAGGCCACCUGAUGGUGGGCGACGCCAGCAUGGCCGCGGCCCUGUGGGAGGGCUACAGGAACGAGAGCUGCGUCGCGUCCGUGGUCAGCGCCGCCCUGGGCGACUACGCUGAGGCUGAGCGCCUGGCCCGGGGCCUGGGCCGCGCGACGGGGCAGGCCCUCCUCGGGGGCGGCCUGCUGUGCGACGUCCCGCUCCUGAAGGAGCUGUCGAAGUGCGGCAGGUCGUUGGGCGACCUGAUCGGGGGCGGCGACGUCGAGUCCGCGCGCCGGCGGUGGACGGAGGAGUCAGGGCACAUCAAGGAGUGGCACGAGGAGGUCACGGAGCCCGGGGCGCUGCCGAAGGCCCUCGUGAGCAUCAGCAUGGCCGGCGGCGGCCUGGCGGUGUGUUUGGCAACGGCGGGACUCGCCAUGCCUGUGUACGUCGGCGUCUCCGCCUUCGUGGGCGCGGCGUUCACGGUCGCGGGCGCCGCCGCCUGCCAGGGCUUGCCCUGGCAGUGCAUCCGCCUCAGAAGCCCAGACGUGGAUCUCCAGCCUUGGCAGGUGGUGGUCUUGCACCCGGUGCUGGCAGUUGGGAAGUGCAGGACCAGCGACGACGACGGCUCCCUCGACGCACAGGUGCCCAGCCAGGCAGUGUUAGUUGGGAAGCGCUGGGCCGACGACGACGGCUCCCGCGACGCAGGGGUGCCCAGCCUGGCAAUUGCCGGCCUCCCCGGCGAUUCUGCGGGCUGGCUCGGACUCCUCGGGGCGGCGCCGGUCGAGGGGAAUGCCUCGGCGUCUGUCGUGCAGCUGUCGGCCGAGGCGGUGUCCCGUUACGCGCAGGACGUGCUCGAGACGGAUCCGGUGCUGCCCGUCUCGUCGCCCGCGGUGCUCCCC